AUGGAAGCCUCACCCUCAACGAGCCCACCCACCCCUGCCCAAGAACGCCCGCCGGCGCGCUCGAAGACAUGUGAACACUGCCAGACGACGGGAUCGAAGUACACCUGUCCGGGAUGCGGGACCCGGACCUGUUCGAUGGACUGUUCGAACGGCCACAAAGCGUCGAAGAACUGUUCCGGGAAACGCAACCGGGUCGAAUACGUCCCACUCAACCAAUACUCCUGGGGACGACUGAUGCAAGACUAUUCGUACCUCGAGGAAAUCCAUCGGCAUCUCUCCCACCAUCCUCCUCCAUCAUCCGUCUCUAAUAUUCCGAAGCCCGUCGGUCCCCCGCUUGGCCUGACUCCCCCCUCCCGUAAUUCGAUCGCUAAACGCCAGCUCUUGGUUCGGAUGGCCGCACUCGAAGCCGUCCGUCUCCUCUUGAUGCCCGACGGAAUGUCCAGACGAACAAUGAAUAUGACGAAUUAUAAUCACAAGAAGAAGUGUAUGCAAUGGUCGGUCGAGUUAGUUUUUCCGAGCGACGAACAAACGCAGGAAGCCGUUCCCCAACCCACUUCCCAAGACCGAUCCUCAUCAUCCUCCACACUAACACCACCACCACCACCGACGACGCCGACGGUCACUAGUAACCAACACACAAGUCAUCUGAUCCACCAGAUAUCCUCGGACACCACCAUCAUCGAGCUGCGAGAGAAAGACAAACAAGACACCCGAGACUCGGACGAAAAGCCGAGAUGGAGAAGGAGGAGGCUCAUCAAAGAAGACGAGUAG